AACCGAGUAAAGCGCUGAAUUCUUUGAAUUGGAAUUUCAAACUGAGUAGUACUGUGCUAGCUUUCUUCAUCCUUCUCAUCACCACCAAAUGACAAAAGGCUGCUUGCUGUUUUUCCCCGCUUUCUUUUUGCGUAGUAUUUUGCUCCAUCCCCUUUGAAAUGUAAUGUGUUUUUAUUUUUUAAAUCUAUUUUUUCACUGAACACGAGAUCACUUUUAGAAUUUUGAUGCUGAUUAGACUCGCCUGUGGUUUAAUUCUGGUGUGUUAUUUUUAUUAUUUGCGCAUAUACUUUGUAUCAUUCGUUCUUUGAGGAAUAAUCAGUUCGGUCUCCUGCUGAUGUUCCUCCACACGCACGCCGCUUUUAUUGUGAAAUCAGACCGGAAGUGGCUUGCUCUCGAGCCAAUGCGCUCGGCAGCUCGGGUGAAUUUUCGAGCACUCGCCAUACAGGUGCGCUGGGGCAUCCGUCGAUCGGCGUUGGAAGUGCGUGAGCCUUGCAAAUGUGACGUCGUGCGCGCGGACGGCGACUCGGCGCGUCCCCGCGGCCGACUGGCUGGCUGGCUGGCUGGCACGCCGUCAAGGAGCAACACACCGGCGACGGCGACGGCUCCCGUUUUCUGCGUUGACGUCGGACGCUCCCGUCGACAAAUGCGAAGCAUCACGAAUGUUUAGUUGUUCCUCGCGAUUGUGCAAUGUAGCUCGACAGAUGUGAGGCGCCACAUCUGCAGCCUACAGCAAGUCCGCCUGUUGAGGAGGAGCUGCCGCAGAUCCUCGUCGACAUCUGCCACCUCGGGCACCGAAGGCGCUGAGCUAAGCCGAUGACAACGUUCUGGGCACGUAUUUGACGGACAGGUGGUUCUCGGUCUAGUCCGGAAGGGACAAUGGCUCGCCCCGGUUCGGGCUUGCUGCCGCCCGCGAACGGACUGGGCUACCCUCCCCAAAAUCUGGCCAGGGUGGUGGUCUGGGAGUGGAUGAACGAGCACGGGCGCUGGAGGCCCUACAGCGCGGCGGUGUGCCACCAUAUUGAGAACAUCCUCAAGGGGGACGCCCGAGGAACCGUCGUUCUGGGCCAGGUAGAUGGCCAACUGUCUCCAUACAUCAUCGAUCUGCAGUCCAUGCAUCAGUUUCGACAGGACACGGGCACCAUGAGGCCAGUGCAGAGGAACUUCUACGAACCGUCCUCCGCUCCGGGCAAAGGCGUGGUGUGGGAGUGGGAGAACGACAGUGGCUCCUGGACGCCGUAUGACAUGGAGAUCUGCGUGACCAUCCAGAACGCGUACGAGAAGCAGCACCCGUGGCUGGAUCUGACCUCUCUGGGCUUCUCCUACCUCAUCGACUUCAACGGCAUGUCUCAAACCAACAAGCAGAGCCAGCGCAAGCGGCGCCUUCGGCGGCGUAUGGAUCUCGCUUACCCGCUCAUCAUGGGUUCCAUCCCCAAGUCGCAGUCUUGGCCCGUGGGAGCCAGCUCCGGCCAGCCUUGCUCCUGCCAGCAAUGUAUCCUGGUCAACAGCACGAGAGCCGCGUCCAAUGCGAUCCUCGCCUCCCAGCGACGGAAGCUCCACGGAGGGGGGGCAGGCGGCACGGGCGCCGCAGGAGCCCCGACGGCCGUGCGGCAGAGCAACACCUUCGCCGGAACCGCUCUUUGGUCUCCGACCUCGUCGGCCACUAAUAACAUCGGUGCGGGAGGUGGGCGAGCCAAAGACGAACAGGUGCGGGUGCCGUCGUCCCCGGCCGACUUUCCCGCGAUGUCGUCCCAUGGCCACAACACCCUCGCCGUCAACGGACAGAACAACCUGAACCGACCGGGCGCUCAGCGCAUCUCUAUGGCCACCCCGAGAGGAACCAUUCCACCGGGGGUUCCUGCUCUUCCAGUCAAAAACCUGACUGGGUCUGGACCAGUGCAUCCAGCGCUAGCAGGUAUGACCGGUAUCCUGAUGUGCGCUGUAGGUCUGCCCGUUUGCCUGACCCGUGCACCAAAGCCCAUUCUGCACCCGCCGCACAUCAGCAAGAGCGAUAUGAAGCCUGUGCCGGGAGUCAACGGUAUGCGACGCAAGACCAAGAAAAAGCACCUGAGGAAAGGGAAAACCCCAGAGGAUGUUGUCCGAAGAUACACGGACAAAAUUAAAGUGGCACCAGAUGAGGACUGUACCAUCUGCAUGGAGAGGCUGGCCAUGGCGUCAGGCUAUGAAGGCAUCCUGCAGCACAAAGGCAUCAAGCCAGAGUCGGUGGGCAAACUUGGCAAGUGCGGCCACAUGUACCAUCUGCUGUGCCUGGUGGCCAUGUACAACAAUGGCAAUAAGGAUGGCAGUCUGCAGUGCCCAACAUGCAAGACCAUCUAUGGGGAAAAAACAGGCACGCAGCCUCCUGGGAAGAUGGAAUACCACGUCAUCCCCCACUGCCUGCCCGGCUACGCCGACUCCAAGACCAUUCGCAUCGUCUACGACAUUCCUGCAGGUGUCCAGACCAAUGAGCACCCCGACCCUGGGAAGAAGUUCAGCGCCAGAGGAUUCCCCCGGCAAUGUUACCUGCCAGACAACGACAAGGGCAGGAAGGUUCUCAAGCUGCUGAUCACAGCCUGGGACCGACGGCUCAUCUUCACCAUCGGCACUUCCAGUACCACAGGCGAGUCCGACACCGUGGUGUGGAACGAGAUCCACCACAAGACCGAAUUUGGCUCCAACCUGACUGGCCACGGUUACCCUGACCCCAACUACUUGGACAAUGUCCUGACCGAGCUGUCGGCCCAGGGAGUCGGCGAGGACAACCUGAAGGACUGAGAGCUUCCUGAGCUGGUUGGCAGGAACACAACCAAUCAUGCGCUGCUGUCUCCUAGGAAACGGUAACGCCGGAUGAGCGCUCUUCACGCAGCACGUUACUCUUUACUCCCUCUGUAUGGCAAGGCAAGAGCGACAAACAAAAUGAUUUGUUGUUUUUGUUUUUUGUCUUGAUUAUCUCUUGCAUCAUGCCCGGAGCGUGUAUGCGUCCUCAGAGACUCGGGGCACAUGCUCCGCGUGGGCGUUGCUGCCAGCAAACGUGUCACUGAGCUCUUUUUCCAGUCAAAGCGAAGCAUCCGCACUUGUAGCGCGACAAGGAGGCGUGACGAGGCCAGAUUGCACGGCCCCGCCAACACUGCAUAAUGAAUCUUGAGUGAAUUGCUGCAAUAAGUUGAGGUGCCGAUGAAGCUUUUCUCACUUCAGAAGACAAAUUGUAAGAAAGAAAUAUCAUUUUUAUUAAGGACUUGCUUCUCCCUUGUUUAGUCAACACACGGUGAGACUUUUGUGCUUUUCGAAGAAGUGACGGUAAUUUGGCUUGACGUUGUGCCGCGUCAUUGAGGCAAGGGCUAAAGAGAGUGUGUUUUGUCGUACAUUAAAUAGAUUCCAGUGACCCAAGAGCUAUGAAAUAUGAUACAUUGUUAACCUUUGCGGGCUGCCUACGAAAGGAGCUGUGAAAUAACCUAGCGGACUCGCUCUGAAAUGUUCGGAACGUUCCAUUGCCACGUUCCAAGGCUAAACCCGUUUGUUUUGUUGCCACUGAUUAUGCUGACCUGUUUGCGCGUGAAGCCCCACGCUAGCAUCGGCUCAAGCGGAGGAAAAUCUGGCUUCGGGUCUAUCCAUCAUGCCGCCAUGCACGAGGGGGACGGUGUGACCGCGUGCGCCGAGGAGAUCCGUCUUGCGACUCUCAACUCUCCCGUGAGGUCAUCGGCCGGAACACGCCGCGCCGGGCCGCUGCGCUCCCUCGGCGGGGAGCGGCGAGACACCCCACCUUCUCGGUUCGCGUCCUCUUCGUUAGCAGCGGCAGACGUCCUUCCAGGAAACAUGCAAAUGAGGCUUUCUCGCAGCGGCAGAUGCAUCAGAAGCAACUACAUUAUUUAGGUUUCUCCCCUGUAAGUUUUUCUCUUUCCCCUCGGAGAUGUUAUGCCCAAGAGCGUAUUUUUGUCUUCUUGAAGUUCCUUGCUGGGGAUCUUCAUGUUGGUUUUUUUUUUUUUACUUGGAGAUGAAAGCUAGGUCAGUGCUGACUUUCCACAAAAGCGUCUGAUCAUCUUUAAUGAGCUGGGAUGUUGAUGUAAAGUUUUUGUGGUGCGAAUCUUGUCUUCCACGGCAAUUUGAGGCAGCAGCUCUGCUUGGUAGUUUAGAUUUUGAGAAAAGUCCUUCGUGGCAUCUUAAACAUUGUUUUGUAUUGCUAAAUCAUCUUAUAGUACAAUGGGGGGGGGGGGGGGGGGGGGGGUUGACAAAGCUGAUACAGCCUACAUUUCAAGUUCAGUUUGAGUGUACGGUUAAUUUAUGUUUAUACCUUAACGCACUUUCCCAUGAACGUAGUUAUACAGAAGCAGAUGUCAACAUAAUACAUAAAUUCUGACAAUAUUGUCAGUUUGUCUGUAUGACAUGUUAAUGGACGUCGAAUAUAAUAAGAAGUGUUAGUGUAUGCUACUGUCCGUAUCUUCAUGUGGAACGUGUGUAGUUUGACUUGAAUAAAAAUAGUCCGUGUAUCUUCAUCAUUAGCGGGCUAGCCGAAACAGCAUGAGCUUCGUCAUUGUCCUUCAGUCAAAUCAGCAAACAAUUGGCUGCAGAUAUUUCUACUGUUCGAUUAUCAAAAAGCAGCCACAAAUGAGUUGGAAUUGGAAAUUAUUUUUAAAGGCCCUGAAAAGCUUCUUUUUUUCUUAUAAUGUACUGUUGGCAACUCUGCAAUUGUGUGAAAUAUGCAAAUGAACAAUGUGUAACUUUGGGCUCUGGAGCGGCAGGCCUGCAGCUACUUCUGGUCCCUCCAAAUUCAAUACGGCCCGCUGCCGUGUUGCCCGCAUGCCAGUCAGGCAAAAUGUCUGUGUGACUAUUGUGUCUGCUAACAAGUGGCUGGAGGUCACCUUGUAAGGCAACAAACAAGCCUGUCGUGCAUUCUGAUGGUUUCAAGUCUUGUUUUUUUCCUCUCUUUUAAGCAAAAACUGUUUUCUCUUGGGGUGGGGUGGCGGCUGUCUGCCUUUUUGCUGCAGUUAAAACUUAUUUACAGCGUUGUUAAGCUAUUGGAUCAUGGCGAGUGGGUGCGCCACAUUCGAAGAGAUUUGAUGUAUUUGCGCUAUAAAGGUAGCAGAUGUCAACUAAUCAUCAAACGUUCAGGGAUUAUUUCAUGCUUAAGGGAGAACACAUGAUUUUGAAUUAUGGUUCUCCAAUUCUACUCCCAAACAUCUUUCGAGUUGAACACACCUUUUGAAAUGUAUUUGGACCGAAAGUGAAUCUUUGUUGUUGUUUUUGUUUUUUUUCCCGUUUCCUUGGCGACUCUUCUUUCGCUCUCGGUGUCCUGGCCUCAUUCAAACUUGAUGACACAGUUGUUCCUGUCUUUAUAUGCAAAAAUAUCCGUCGAAACAAAGCUUUUAUCCUUGAAGAAUUGGAACGUACGCGGUUGCUGCAUGAAAUGCAUUUUUUGAAAGAUGUAUUAUUUUUCAUCCAUUUGGUGAUCAUAUUUACACCGCUGGUCAAUUUAGUCUUCACGUAAGCGAACAUGCAUGUGUUUUGCAAAAUAACCCGUGACUGUGAGGCAGACAUGCGAGCCACAUGUCACCGCGUUGCAUAACAUGGUUUAUGACUAUUUCAACUUCAUUCGAAUCUUAUUAAGUUGGGCAAAAUCAAUUGCUUUCACUUUCGGAGGCCUAAGCAAGUCAGAUCUAUCAGGGAAAUGUCCACGUUGAGUGAAGUUGAAUGAACUCGAGAAAUCCAAACGUUUGCUUCUUGAACGUUGUGUCGGCCCUUUAGACUUUCAGGUGUGUACAGACUUCUCAAAAGGAAAGGGACAUAAUAAUGGAGUUUGGUUUGUCUAAGCAACCGAGAGAGAUGGCGUUUAUGCAAUUUACUCUUUUCGAGAUGUUAAAACCUGAUUUAUUUGUAGCAAGGACAGUGAUUUUGGGCUCAGUUGGUGUUUUCCUCGUGAGGUACCUCACUCCUCUUGUCUAUAACAAAAGCAGACAUGUACAUGUUGGAAAGCAUAUAUUUUUGGAGGUUUUUUCUGAUCGAUGAUUGUCUUUGAGAUAACGAUGACAUACAACCUUUUUCCUUUUGAAUCGAAGUGGGAAGUCAAGACGACGGAUCGUUCUGCGCAACAUGUAGUAUUUACACCUGUAACCAAAAAGUCAUAAACGUUGGAUGCUUAUUGUACGCCUCUUUAAAAUAUACCUAAAACAUUGUAUGGCUAUACUGUCUUGGUAUCUCUUUGUCUCCGAGUGUGUACUAAUCGUGCGUUUUUGUAAGACGAAAUCAUAGGCCCGUGUCCUUUAAAGAGAGCGUAAUGUUCUUCCCGAGAUGCAGGCGGACCAAAGCGCGAGCUACUUGAACGGCAACGCGUAUGAAAUCAUCGCAAAGCUCCUCUUUCGAAAAGGUCGCGCAGAUGAUGAUGUCAUUUCAGCACCGUGCGCCGCAUCUUGCCUCGGCGCAUUUUGGUUUUACACGAGCGAGGGAGAGAUGGCGUUUGACUGAUUUCGCCGCUCUUUUUCGACACGUACGACAGGCUUACGGGUUUAAUUGACAUUUUCCGUUCCUAAUUUUGUGGUGCGACCUCACCUGAGCAGUUUUCUUGUUCACAAAGACGAAACUGCAAUGAGCUAAAAGAGACAGACUAUGAUUUAACUAUAAAGGGCUUUUUAAUCAAUAAUCAGUCUUUAUUGAGUCGUGUUGACCUUGUUGCAUGUUUGUGUCUCUCUUGUGGACAGAAAUGGAAAAAUAAAUGUGCCCUCAAUGGGGAUGAUUUUGUUUCACCUUUGUCACCUUGA